AUGUCAAGUUUCGUACCUACCAAGAGUUACAAUGCUGGUUUCACUACGGAAUACAGGGCAUAUAUGAAGAGAGAUGACAAUGACAGUUCCUCAUCUUCUGCUUCCAAAACUUCUUCCAACAAAAGUGCGACAUCGUCCUGUGGUGGUGAUGGUAAAUGUAGAUACCCAUCCGAUCAUUCAUAUAGUACAACCGUUGGUGUUGCUGUAGGUGUGCCAGUUGCAGUUGUCGUUUUUCUCCUGGCAGCUAUCUUGAUUAUUGUCUACAAAAGAAAUAAGAAAGAAGCCGAAGAAGACAAUGAUCCUGAUUUCCAAGGAGAUAUAGAAUAUAUUCCACAUAUGGGUCCUAACAUGGGAAGCUUCCCUAUGAGUUCCUCUCAAUCCGGCGAUUCCUUUGAAUUGAAAGACGAUCAAUACAGAGAUACAUAUUUUAUGCCUCCUCCACAACAAAACCAAUACGCUAGAGCAACUUCCUUUGGUGGAGGUGGAAUUGAUAAUUAUGGUCACCUAGAUCCUUUCCAAGUUCCACAUGGUGUGGACUCAAACACUUUAAGAGAUUUUGCAAGAAGUGUAGAUGGUCCAUCUAUUGGUGGUUAUCACGUUGCAUCGUCAUCGAAGAAUACUAGUCAAAUAUCACUAACCAAUGAACAACCAACUAAUGUAUUCAUGAGCCAAGGUGACAUAAACAGCGUUGAACCUGGUAAGUUUGCUCAAUCGAGAGAUGCAUUAUUAAGCGGGGAAUAUGAAGAAGAAAACAAUUUCCCUUCAACAAACCAUGAUCAAUCAAUGGUUUCAAAUAUCCGUGAUAGUCCUGUAAAAAGUGUCGUUGGCGAAGCUACAAGAUUUUAUGGCGAUGACGAAAGUGGAUAUGACGUCGAAGAGUCUAAAAUUCAAGAUACAACCAUUGAAAGAUCUCAAUCAUCUCAACACGAAUUUGAUUUCGAAACUUCUGAGGAUAAAAUGGAAGGUGAGGAUGAUGAAGAUAACAAAGUAUAUGCUGUGGAUCCAGAAGAUGAAAAUGUCCAACGUCUAAAAAGUAUUUAUCAAGUUUAUUUGGAUAGGAAUGAAACUGUCAAACAAAACCAACAACAGAAUGUUAUGGAACCUAAAAAUGAUAUACUUCCAGAUUCAAAGAGUGCUGAAAUUAUGAAAACAGACGACCAUACUGGAGGUCCUGAAGCUAAUUUUGAUGUAGUUGAUAAUAUAGAAUUACGCGACAACUCAGAAAUUGAACACAGAAAAUCUCAAUCAAUCAACCAUUUAACUACUGGCAAUGAAGUAGAGUCAAUUGGUCAAGGAUCCUCAAUGCAUCAUAGGGCAGUUUCUUCAAUAUAUUCUGAACUUCCUACCCAUGCAGCUCGUCAAUCAGUUGUAAGAAACGAUAUUCAAGCUGCAAUGAGUAAUGAACCAUAUCCUAGCAACAUCCAGUAUGGAAAUGAACCUCAAAAUUAUGCACAAAAUAACAACAAUUUACAAUAUGUAGACCAGCAUCAACAAUUACAACAAGAACCAGUUUACAACCACCAUCCUCAAGCCGAAUAUUAUAACAAUUCUCAACCUCAACUAGGAGUUGCCGAACAGGGCUAUUACGUGCAACCAAAUCAGGCAUACCAAGCAUCAAUAUAUUCUCAACAACAACAACAGCAACAACCAAACAUGAUGUAUCAAAAUCCACAGGAAAUACAAUAUAAACAUCCACAGCAUCUGGAGAAUAUAUCAGAAUUACCAACACCAUCUAGAUUGGCACAUUCCGAAUCUGUCCAUUCUUUAACAUCAUUCAAUGGUAGAACCAAACCACAACAAUUUCCAAGAUUACAAGCUGCAAGAUUAAAUGGUUCAGCGCUGAAUCCAAUGGAUCAUCCAGAAAUGUUUUACAAGCAAAAUGAUGGUCAGUACACAAUGUAUCAACAAAAUGCUCAAGGAUUCACUAGUGCAGAAAAUAUCCAAAAUGUUACUCAACCACAUCAAUUGAGAGCAAGUAUAGUAAUGACUAAUCCAACUUCCCUAAGUUUACCUGCCAGUUAUAAACCAGCUGGUUCAUUUAGAAAUAUCAAUGCAUCUAACUCUAGAAAUAACAGUCUGACUGUCCAAAAUAAUCCAUACCAGCAACAGAUGGGUAAUUCCAGAGUUAGUGGGUUAUUAGAUUACAGUGAUGUGGUACAACCACCAGGCGUCAGUGGCAUUAUUCCACAUAGUAGUUCUCAUGAUGAUCUAAGAAAACAACUUGGUACUUCCAAUAAUUAUCAAAUGGAUUUAUAA